UUCCAAACGACGCCGUAGGUGAAGUGUCCCAGGAAAAUCAGUAAAUUGUCCCCUUAUCCUGUCACUGCAAAACUUCCCAUCUCCAGUCCCUCCAAUCCAACAAAGAAUGUGAAUGCCCAGUACCCAGAACUAAAGUCCCUUCAAUCCCAACAACAAUGCUUUCAUCUUCUUUAAUUUCCUCACCUUCACUCAACUCCCCCUCCCCCACAGUCCUCUCCUUCACUCGCUCACUAAACUCACCAUUUCCUAAAUUCCAUAAACCCCUCCACCCGCUAACCAAAAUUCCAGUUUUAUCAGUAAAGGCUCAGACUUUGGACUUCUCGGGUUCAUUUUUUGAAGGUGGCUUGGGUGCCGAUGAUGACCCCCCAAUUUCACCCGGCUCCGGCAUCGCUGCCGUUGAGGAUAAAGAAGAGCCCCAGUGCCCACCUGGGCUUCGACAAUAUGAGACCAUGGCGGUGUUGAGACCCGACAUGUCUGAAGAUGAGCGCCUCACUCUUACCCAGAAGUAUGAGGAGGAUACAGCUUACAGUGUGGAUGGUGUAAAGGACACCAGUGCUGAAGAAGCGAGUUUUGUCAUGUCAAAGUUUGUGAAUAAUGUUGGAAUACCAUCUGUCAAGUUGCUUGUUGCUGGUGGUGGUAUGUAUGUAGAAGUGUUCAAUCGAGGGGUCAUUCCACUUGCUUACAGCAUCAGAAAGAAAAACAAAGCAGGAGAGACGAACACUUACUUGGAUGGAAUUUACCUUCUCUUUACCUACUUCACUAAACCUGAGUCCAUGGAAGUUCUCGAGUCAACAAUGAAGGCAGAUGACGAUGUUAUUCGGUCAAUGAGCUUCAAAGUUAGGAAAAGGAAGUACUGAUAUAAGUUAGUUUGGUUCGUUUAUCUGGUUGAGAAAGGAGGGCAGGUUGGAGUAGACAAACAUUUCCUGAGCUUGAGAACUGGUGUAUUUUGCUUGCCAUUUUUACUUAGAAUUGAAUUUAAUACGACACAAUCAGUCUACUGGGAAAAGCACUACUCAUUUGCUUGUAUUUACAGUGGAGCCUGAGAUUCUUGUACAUCUAACUGCACUGAUCUGUAAGUUGAUUUGGCUUGUUACAAUGCCUAAUCUUUUAAACACAUCUGCCUGGGGCAUUCAAUGCUGUCUCCAGUUUUGCUGUA